CUUGCAGGCUCCGCCAAUGCAGAGCAGGGCCAGGAGGUUAGCCCUGCCUGCCCGGCCAUGCAGGUUCCUGCCCGGCGCGGGCCAUGCGGGGAGCGGGUGAGAAGGAUGCUGUAGCCUUGGACUUCAUCAGACUCCCGUUCAGGCGACCCUCGGAGCGUGGACCGCGCACGCCGUCUCUUACCCCUGAGCUCCUCCAAAGUCGGGAAGUGACCGAGUGCAUCUUUCCACGCUUCGCUCCUGCAGACCUGCACUAGCCAUGGCUAGCCUGGCCGCCAAGGACUCGUACUUGCAGAGCUUAGCGAAGAAGAUCUGUGUCCAGGAGGUCCCGGAGUCCCGGAAAAGAAAAUUUGUUUCCAAACCAGCUGGGUCUGAAAAUGCUGGUAGCCAGCCAAAGAAAAAAAAGAGAAAGAAACCCAGAAAGCAAGCUGAGAAGACGAAAGCUUUUCCAGGGAAGCGGGUGGCUCCUGAUAACAACAAACUUGCUCCAGCCAAGCCAACAGCUCCAAAAGCUAGCAAAUCCAUCCCAGCUAGGCCAGCAGCAAGCAAACCUGAGCACGUCGGCACAGGUGGUAAAAUUGAAUCCAAUUCAUUUUCUGCUAUGAAUAUCUUGCGUCAGAGGUUACAUGAGAAGAUGCAAAAAGCCUCUGGUCAGGACAAAGAGCUGUCUCCAGCUGUGCUGGAAAAGAGGCGCCGAAGGAAAUACGAGAGGGAGAGAAAGAAACGCCGGAAAAGGGAGCUGAAAAUGAAGGAGAAAAUGGAGAAGAAGGGAGCCCAGGAGGUAGCUGCAACUGUGGCGCCACAAAGCAAGGAGGAGGAGAGCAAGGCUGAGAUGGUCUUUAACAGAGUUGAAGUCCAUGAUGAGAAUGAGCUAAACAAGGCACAGAAUAGAAAAGAAAAGAGGAAAAAAGUGAAAGGCAACAUCACUCCACUGACCGGCAAGAACUACAAGCAGCUGCUAAACAGGCUGGAGGCUAGGAAGAGCAAGCUGGAGGAGCUAAAGGAGAAAGACCAAAAGAAAGCCCGGGAGCUGGAGAAGAAAAUAAAGUGGACUAAUGUCCUCUAUAAGGCAGAAGGUGUCAAGAUUCGUGAUGACGAGGACCGUCUGAAAGCAGCCCUGAAACGCAAGGAGAAGCAGAAAGCCCAGCGCCAGAAGCAGUGGGAGAAGCGGACUGAGCAUGUGGUGGAGAAGAUGCAGCAGCGGCAGGACAAGCGGCGCAAGAACAUCCAGAAAAAGAAGACGGCUAAAAUAGAGAAAAAGAAGAACAAGGCUCGGAAGAAGGGUCGUAUCCUGCCGGAGGAUCUGGAGAAAGCUGGUGUUAAAUGAGACUGAGGCUGCCAGUCUCUUCAGCACAGGGAUGGACUUUCAGACUGUGUUCAUAGGGCUUCGUCUGGGAUCUGUUAAUAAACUCUUUUAUCAAAUUGCUCUGAUAAA